UACAACAUUGUAACAAGGAGGCCUGAACUGUCGGUAUUGUAGCGUAACCAUAUUCCCAUUGGCCAUUUCAGACAUCCUUAUUUCGACAGUGAUUGGACAGAACCAGUGUCCAUCGCGAAACACUGAACUUCAAUCCCAAAUAACAGUAAUCGGACUGUAAAGUUUAUUUUUCACUCAUGUGAGUUAUUUUUCCCAAUUCGAAAGAAAAACUCCUUUGAAAAUCGAGGUUCAAAAAGACAUUUAUAUUAUUAUUUUUUAAAAAUAAAACGAUAAAUAAUCUGUGCUGAGUAUGGGCUCAAACAACUCCACCCUAUCAAAAAUACCAAACGUGGGUGACUUGAUGCAAGAAACAGGCUUUACCCCUGCACAUAUCGUACGUCUGUACGAUCGCUUCGAGACUCUGGACAGAGAUAAGAAAGGUUACCUGAGUCUUAAAGAUUUUGGAUCCAUUAAGGAGCUGGCAUUGAACCCAAUAGGAGAUCGCAUAAUUGGAGCAUUCUUCACUCCAGGACAGGAAACUGUGGACUUCCACUCCUUCGUGAGGAUUCUAGCUCACUUCCGACCCGUGGACAAGAACCAGCCCAGGGACCCGAACACUCUAGAGGCCAUCAACAGCCGGACAAGCAAGCUCAGAUUUGCCUUUCAGUUGUAUGACCAAGACAAGGAUGGCAAGAUCUCCCGGGGUGAGCUUUUACAGGUGCUGCGCAUGAUGAUGGAGAUGCAGGUCACAGAGGAACAGCUGGAGAGCAUCGUUGACCGCACCAUCAUGGAGGCUGAUCUGGAUGGGGAUGACGCUAUCUCCUUCGAUGAGUUUCGGAAGUCCUUGGAGAAAGUGAACAUUGACCAUAAGAUGAGCAUUCGCUUCAUGCGCUAGAGCAGCGACUCACAGGAUCCUGAGAGGCUAACUGGCCUUCAUUUUCCAGAGAGCUGAAGGAACUACAGUACCGCCAUUCUAAAAAAGGGAUAUUUUUCAACUGGAAUCUUUAUCUGCAGUAAGCUCAAAGUGCCUGACACGUACAUGCUGCUUUACUGAAUAUAUAAUAUUAUGUUUACCAUGUUUACUACAGUUACUGUUUAAAUAUGUAAUUGAAUAUUUAAGUAUAUUCGUGCAGAAGAAUGUCAGAGGACUAAAUUUGGCACUUUAAGUGUCACUUAUUUUGUGAAAACAGUGAAAUCUUAAAAGUAGCUGUAAGUUUCUAGAAAUCCUUGUGAAGGAAUAAACACUACUGAGUCCAUAUUUAUUCAGGUGAUCCCCCAUAACGCCUGUCACUGAGUUUCCAUUACUGGGAAUUUAUGCAACUAGAACAUUGAUUCCAAAUAACCUGUGGGUGUUCCAAAUGAAAGGACUUAACUGAUGAAAAACAGCUACACUUAAAGUGUCAAUCCUAAAUUUUUUCAUAUUAAAAAAAUACCAUAUUUGAUACUUCUACACAAUGUCAUUUUUGUAGCAAUAUCGAUUCAACGUGUUAUGUUGUAUAAUUGCUCCUCUAUAUAUUUUCUGUAUAAUCCCGCCAAAUAUUCAAAUGUGGUGACGCACGCAGAAGAACGUGCUUGCCGAAUGAGAGUGGAAGCGCCUAAAAUCCAAAAAGUCUUUAAAAUUAGGUUUGAUAUGUUGCUCUAUAUUACCGUGUCGGAGGACACUGUUGGCAGCCUUUAGGGAGUGUUCUUUUUCUAAAAUACCAAAUCCCAGCUGCAGCCUUGCGGUCUGUCUGUACAAUGGAUCCUUUAUAAAGGUUCUGUCUGUGAACUUUAGUUUGUAGAAUGCAUAUUUUGCUAUGACUCAAAAAAAAGAAACAUCGCUACUAUAAUUGUAACAAUUGCACAAAUGUACACAUCCUAUCCUAAUGAAAGGGUUUUGUAAAAUUUAGCAUUUAAUGCUUUGCGUUGAUCAAUUUUCAUACCACGUUUCAUACAAGUAUGUGAAUUGUGUUAUAUUUCCUAAAAUCUGUAACAGUGCACUGUAUGUGAAAUAAUGUGUGUGUGUGGAAUGACAGUAGUCGUUUUUUUUUUUUUAAGACAAAUUUGACUCAUUAAAUAUUUGUGCUCUACCAAGGUAAGAAGUUUUUUAUUUUAAUAAAAAAUAAGCUGCAAGUA